CGUGGGGUCUGCCCCGCCCCGUGGGCGCAGCCCGUUCCCGGCGCUCGCUGCCCCCCUUCCCGGCUUCCGUCCCGUUCUGCGCAGGCGCCGCUCCGCCCCGGUCCCAGCGGUGCUUCCGGGGUCGGCGGCGGCUGGGGUCGGCGGCUGCUGGUCUCUGUGCCGGGGUCCGAGCCCCACGAAGCCCCGACCCGAGCUGCCGGAUGCCUGCGCGCAGCGGGGCCCAGGUCGUGCAGCCUGAGCCCCCAUGCUGUGCAGCUCGCACAUAUGUGGGGCAGAGCAGCCACCCUGCUACCUCCAGCAGCAGCCGUCCAUCAGAUGUAAUCAUUUCCUGAGGCCUCGACUGUGUCGGGGUGUUUGUGCCUUAUAACUACCCACAGGAUGGUCACCCCCGCUUUGCAGAUGAAGAAACCGAAGCAGUUUUCCGGAAGGAUGGGGCAAAAAAAGCAGCGACUAGCCAAAGCAGAGCAGCCACACAGCCCGUCUGACACAGCCCAGGCACCUUGCCCCAAGGAGCCCUGUUUGGGACCACCCACCACCCUGGGCCCAUACCGCAGCAUCUAUUUCUCAAGCCCGAAGGGCCACCUUACCCGACUGGGGUUGGAGUUUUUCGAUCAGCCGGCAGUCCCCCUGGCCCGGGCAUUUCUGGGACAGGUCCUAGUCCGGCGACUUCCUAAUGGCACAGAACUCCGAGGCCGCAUCGUGGAGACUGAGGCAUACCUGGGGCCAGAGGAUGAAGCUGCCCACUCAAGGGGUGGCCGGCAGACCCCCCGCAACCGAGGCAUGUUCAUGAAGCCGGGGACCCUGUACGUGUACAUCAUUUAUGGCAUGUACUUCUGCAUGAACAUCUCCAGCCAGGGCGACGGGGCUUGCGUCUUGCUGCGAGCACUGGAGCCCCUGGAAGGUCUGGAGACCAUGCGUCAGCUUCGCAGCACCCUCCGGAAAGGCACCGCCAGCCGUGUCCUCAAGGACCGUGAGCUCUGCAGUGGCCCCUCCAAGCUGUGCCAGGCCCUGGCCAUCAACAAGAGCUUUGACCAGAGGGACCUGGCACAGGAUGAAGCUAUAUGGCUGGAGCGUGGUCCCCCGGAGCCCAGUGAGCCAGCUGUAGUGACAGCAGCCCGGGUGGGCAUUGGCUAUGCAGGGGAGUGGGCCCGGAAACCCCUCCGCUUCUAUGUCCGGGGCAGCCCCUGGGUCAGUGUGGUCGACAGAGUGGCUGAGCAGGACACACAGGCCUAAGCAAAGGGCCUGCCCAGACAAUAUUUUUUAAUUGUUUAAAAAACAAAUAAAUGUUUUAUUUCUAGAAAA